AUGAGUGACAUGACUGAACCGGCCACUAUAACCAGACCCCUGAUAUCCUCCAAACGCCACAAAAGCAUGAGGAAGAAUUCCAGAAGGAUUUAUUCCCCAUACCAGGAUGAAAACGGACCGUCUGAUGAUGAGGAUAAAGAUGGAGAGCGGGUGGACAGUAAUGAUCCAGAGGAGAUGUUCCAGAACAUUCAGCUUCAGAAGGAGAUCAUCGCCAACAUCCGAACCAAACCCUGGCCGAUACGACGCAAGCUGAAAGUGCUGAAGCAAGCAAGAGAGAUUGUCCUGAAGUUUGAAGGCCGACUGACCAGGACACGAGGUUACCAGGCGGCCGGUGCCGAUUUGCUGAAGAAGAUUUCAAGAGUUUUAUAUAACAUUGUUGUUCUCUUCAUACCGUGGGAGAUGAGGAUUAAAAAGAUUGAAAGUCACUUUGGAUCAGGUGUUGCCUCUUACUUCAUAUUCCUCCGAUGGCUCUUUGGCAUCAAUAUUGUUCUCACUAUCUUGACCGGAGCCUUUAUCGUACUGCCUGAGCUUUUGGCCGGCGCUUCGUUCGGUACCAUUCGCAGCAAGACCAUUCCCAAAGAGCACCUCUCUUCUGCGCAGGACCUGGACACCAUCUGGUCAUUGGGGGGCUAUCUACAGUACUCUGUACUUUUCUACGGCUACUACGGCAACGUGCGUAAAAUCGGCAGCGCCGGCUACAGACUACCAUUGGCCUAUUUUCUGGUUGGAAUGGCAGUUUUUGCCUACAGUUUCAUCACUUUGUUAAGAAAAAUGGCUAAAAACUCCCGCAUGAGUUUAGCUGGAGCUUCUGAUGAGAACUUCACCUUCUGCUGGCGGGUCUUCUGUGCGUGGGACUAUCUGAUCGGAAAUCCGGAAGCGGCGGAGAGCAAAGGAGCAGCUAUAAUUAACAGCAUCAGGGAAGCCAUCGUAGAAGAGCAGGAGAAGAAGAAAGACACAAGCCUAGCCGUACUGAUCAGUCUGAGGAUUCUGGCAAACAUUUUGGUCCUCUUGUCUUUGGCUGGCAGCAUUUACAUCAUUUACUUUGUGGUGGAUCGUUCUCAGAAACUGGAGCAGGAGAAACCAGAGUUAACGCUGUGGGAGAAGAAUGAGGUCAGUGUGGUUGUGUCUCUCAUCACAAUGAUCGCACCUUCCGCCUUCGAGCUGGUGGCACAGCUGGAGAUGUAUCACCCCAGAACAAGCCUCCGCUUCCAGCUCGCCAGAGUACUGGUGUUGUAUCUAGGAAACCUGUACAGUUUGAUAAUUGCACUUUUGGACAAGGUCAACAGCAUGAGCUCUGCUAUUCCUGCGGCUCCAGGAAAUGUGUCUUCAACAUCAUACCUAGCGACUAUCUCCCAACCCACUGAGGACAACAUGUCCACCAUCGUCCCAGAUAUCACCGAGCGUCAGAACAGCACUCUUACCAUGACGCUUUUGGAUUUUAACAACAGCGUUUCCACUAUCAAAAGCACCGCGUCCUAUGGACAGGCAAUGAGAAUGCAGUCUCUGCUGAACCAGACCGUCGUCUACGAGUACACCACCAGAUCACAACAGGACCCCUGCUGGGAAACAUAUGUCGGUCAGGAAAUGUUGAAGCUCUCCAUCAUUGAUAUGAUCUUCACAGUGGCGAGUAUCCUGCUCAUCGAUUUCAUCCGAGGGCUGGUGGUGCGAUAUUUAAGCGACUGCUGCUGUUGGGAUUUGGAGAGCAAGUUUCCUGAAUAUGGUGAAUUUAAAAUAGCCGAAAAUGUUCUUCAUCUGAUAUACAACCAAGGAAUGAUAUGGAUGGGAGCGUUCUUUUCACCCUGUCUGCCCGCCUUUAAUGUCUUGAAGCUCAUCAGUUUGAUGUACCUGCGCAGCUGGGCCGUGCUGACCUGUAACGUUCCUCACCAGCAGGUCUUCAGGGCCUCCAGAUCGAAUAAUUUCUACCUGGCUAUGCUUCUCUUCAUGCUCUUUCUGUGCAUGCUGCCCACCAUUUUUGCCAUCGUGAGGUACAGGCCGUCACAGUACUGUGGACCUUUCAGUGGUCAGGAGAAGAUUUACGACAUCAUCUCCGAGACCUUUGCCAAUGACUUUCCUCUGUGGUUCAGUAAAGUGAUGAGCUACGUCACCAGUCCUGUGGUGGUCCUGCCUGCAUUGCUUUUGCUGUUUAUGCUGAUCUACUACCUUCAGUCCAUCGCUAGAUCCCUCAAAGUCACCAACAGCCAGCUGAGACUGCAACUCCAGACCGAGCGCACAGACGACAAGAAGAAAGUUUUUCAGCUAGCUGCAGCACGUCUGCAGGCGCCCGAGGGCGCCGAUAAAAAGACAGAACAGGAAAGUGACAUCACAAGCAUGGAGUCCUCCGCCCGGUCCACCUCCCCGACGCGCCCCAAUGGAAGCGUCGUCAACUUUGAAUCUCCUGUUCGCCACGGCAACAGUAUCCGGACCAUCACCCAGUCGGCAUCGCGGGCAGAUGUCUCCAGGGCUGCGGGGGUGGCGUGGAGUCCAUCUGCCCCCGUACGUCAGAAACACAAAGCGGAGCAUGUUCCCAAUAGGCACUCUGGUUACUUGGGUGGCAGUGGCAGUUCCUGUCGCUCGAAAUCCUACCACCACAUGGCCUACAACCCUAGUGCAAGGUACGCUGAGCACAUCCACUCAGAUCCGCUGUUUCGGAAGACCCACCGACCCAUGCACAAGGAGCCCGGCGUAAUCAUGGCACAGAGCUACGCAGGCCACCGGGCUCACACAACACGCUACGUCAUCGUCAACGAACAUGAAGCUCGCAAGAAGAUGCGCUCCACCGUGCGCCUACCAAGACAUUACCGCCUAGCGGAUGAACCUGCUGAGAUCGUUGAGCUCUACCCACGUAACGUUAAGCGUUACAUUCCACGCACCCCUCACCGGAGUCACCAGCCACACCUCAGUGAGGAAGAGGAAGAGGAAGAAGACCCUAAGAGCAGCACCAAGAAGGGAUCGAUCCGACAGUCGCAACGUCCACGCUCUCUGUCAGACCUCCACCAAACCGCAAGGUUCUACAUCGGUGAUACGGUGGACAGUCAGGUGUCUAUGGAGCAAGGUUUGUACGGUGAUGAAGAAGACGACGAUCAGGACGAGGACUGGGCAAACGACAGCUCUAACCUUUGCUCUCAAACAAACAUCCCAGAGUCGACGCACAGAUACGUGGAACCACACGUCAAGUCCAAGAGCAAGCAAAAAGUGGAGCCCUCUCUGACCGAAUCGGAUUCGGCGUCGCUGGCGUCCAGCAGCGACCAGCAAAACAGCAGCACGGACCAGUACAUCCAGAUCAUUCACAAUAAAGAGAAGUACCUGAAGCCCGGCACCAAGCCGACCAAAAAGAAAUCCAAGAACAGCGUUAAACUGAAUGUGUCUGCUUCCAAUGAUCUUGUCUACUCAAAUGUUUGAAUGAUUUGUAGUUCAAAUAAAAGAUUAUGGAUUUGUUCCAUAACCUAAGGUGAUGCACUUUGGUAGCAAAAUUGCGCUGCCUUCUAAGAUCAUUUUUUGGGUCAAAUGUACCAUAAGUUAUGAGAAUGUGAUCCCACAAUGCAUUGUGAUGUGCCAAGUGAAACUGUAUUUUAACACAUAUGUGUGCGCCCUUUGUAUUUUAUCCUAUAAUAUAAGAUUAUCCUGCCUUUA